GGCGCGUUCAGUGACAUCUAUCAGGUGAAAUAGCGGUUUGUUUACUCGUAACUUUUUUGUUUACAUAAUGUUCUUAACUUGAGAGACUACAACAACGCAGACGCAAACACGCGAAGAAGAAGCAUACAUGAGUGAUCGGUAACAAAAUUGAUGGGAGCAGUAGCAUUAGCAGCAGUAACAGCGGUGGUGGCGGCGACAAACAAUAUGAUUAUAAUAUUAAAUAGAAACGUGAGACUCCGUCCAAAUGAUCGAAAUAACUACGACUGCAUGCCAGUUCGUCAUAGCAAUGGGUAGCAGCGUGUACUGUCGCACCUGUGCAGCACCUCCUGGGAACGCAGCCGAAGCAGUGAUCGACAUUUUCGCAAACGCUAAAUUAAUUGCGAUUUUAAGUACGCUAAAGGAGUGGCAAUUAGAUAUUAUGCAGGAUGAUAAUUUAUCUCAGCGUAUUUGUAAGACGUGCGAAUUGGCGCUAAUACAGAUAGACGCAUUUCGGUUACAAGCUUUGAGAGCAAAAGAGCAUCUUCAUUUGAGUUUGCACUCAUUGGAGACGAUGGUGGGGGAUGCUGAAGCAAUCAACGACAAUGAAAAUGACCUUCAUACUAAAACAAAUUGUGGUGAAGCGGAGAUGUACAACAGGCAAGCCGCACCGAACACAUUUCCAACAAUAUCCGAGUUUACUGCUAUGCAUGCGGAUGAUAGAGUGCCGAAUGUUAUAAAUGCAAAUAAGAAAGGGAGCAAAGAACAAUUAAUUGAGUUUGAAUCAGGUUUAAAUGCAGCCAAUGUACAAACCGGUGAGUUAUCGUUUGAUUCGAAUAUUGAGUCUAGCAGACCACCCGAAUUUCAGGUAGUGCUAAUUGAGGAGGAGGAGGAGACAAAUUUGCAAUGGAUAAGUGAAGAAGAUGAUGCUGGAGAGAAGGGGAUUGAUGUACCAAAUAGUGAAAUUUCAGAGUGCAGUGUGCAUGUGCGAGAGGUUGAGCGUGAAAUUGACACCAAUAACAACUCAGUAGGGACUGCCGCGGGCAAGUCUAUAAAUUUUAAUAGAUCAACGCAGCGCACAAAUGCAAAAAACGUUAUAGAAGAGGGCGAGAAAGUCUGUUUAAGCAAGAACAUUUCAUUUGAUUUACAAAAAUACGUAUGCCGAACAACUGACUACAAAAUCGGAAAAAGUAGAUCAAAAGGAAAGCCUUGUAAGGAUGUUCAAAGGCAUGGUGCGCAAAAAGUCAUACCAAACAACGGAAAAGACAACCAAUUUACAUGGGUCAUUACAGAAACAUCAAGAGAAAUUGCUGCUCCUAUGUCCGAUAAAAAAGGAAUCGUGGCAGAUUACCAAUCUGAAAUACAUGAAUUUGAAACGUUGCUAGCUGCAAUAAACGAUCAAGUCGCUGCCUUUGAAUCAGGUAAAGAGUCAAAUGCGUAUUUGUCUGAUGACUUACAAUCGGUGCUUAUGAAUGAGUUAACACUGCAGAUGAUCAAUGCAAAUGUAAAUAUUCUGGAAGAAGACUUGCAAAUUGAUGAGUUUGAAACGAUGCUGGCAGCAGUUGAUGAGCAGGCCUCCACAUUGGGAUCUAUAAAUACGCCAAGACAGACAGCAGAGAUACCUGACCGACAGAUGGUGCAUAAAAAUGGUUUUAACGAAGAAAUAGAUCUAGAUAUUCCAGAAAAUCAAGAGAGUAUACUAAAAGAAAUGGAAGCCCUAAAAAAAGAGGAUUUUUCAGCUUUAUAUGAGAAGAGUAGCGCAACAGACACUGUAGAUUUUUCUCAUUCUACUAGCGAAGCUAAAAUAAAAAUAUAUAAUUCUUCGUGCGUUGAGUCUAAAAUUACAGAUUAUGCCCGUUAUCACUUUUCGCCAAAUAAGAUUAAACGCAUAAUAAGUGAUGAUAAUGUUUCAGAUGUUUUAUGCGGUGUAUUAAAUGAACCUGAUUACAAAAAGAUAUAUAAUGGGGAAUCGCUUGGCAAAGCUAAUACUGAGUUUAUCAAAAAUAAUAAUAACAUUCAAAAUGCAGCUCUUGGGGAUAGAGAAAUCGAGCAUUCAACUACAGUGGUUCCACGUCCAAAUAAAAAGUCUUCGAAUGGCAUGCGAUGCCGACUGUGCGUGUACAAGGUGUCGGAGCAGCCGAUUUUCGCAACGAAAGAGCUCCUGGCCGAGCACAUAGCUUCGAUACAUGAUGACAAGGAGCGGCCAUAUAAUUGCCCUCAAUGUGCGGCACGGUAUCGUACACGGAGUGGCUGUGUAGCGCAUAUAAACGCCAUACAUCUCAAAAAGGCAGACAGCUGCGAGCUCUGCGGCAAAGUUGUUGCAGGCGGUUCUGGCCAGAUGCGUAUGCACAUAGAACGAAAUCAUACGCACGGCAACUACACCUGUGAUGUUUGUCAGCUAGAAUUGAAGAAUGUUUCACUUUAUAACUUCAAAUAUCACAAAAGAUGGCACAACGAAGAUAAAUUAUGGCGGUGCGAGCUUUGCGGGAAAGCGUUUGUGACGCGCACACAUCUGAUGACGCACAAAGUAACACAUACACGCCAGGGCGAGUUCCUUUGUACACGUUGUGGAAAGAGUAUGCGCAGCAAAUGGGAACUACGCACUCAUCUCUAUGCCAUUCAUGGCGAGGGGGAAGCGCCACUUAAAUGCAACUACUGCGACGAAAAAUUCACACAACACAUACAAAAGCGAGCACAUCUAGAGCGAUGUCAUCCAAUUGAGUUGGCCAAACGCACCGUUCGCUGUCCGAAAUGCAAAAAGCAAUUCUCUACGGAGACCAAUCUUCAAAAGCACCUGAAACAGCAGCAUCAGCAAGAUAAUGCGGAUACAACAAGAAAGUCGGAAGUAGUCGCCACUUCUCCACAGCCGUAUGAAGGCUUUAUGUGUGCACAUUGUCCGCGUAAAUAUCGCUCCAAAUAUUCGCUCAUAAAACAUCUUAGGGUACAUGUGACGAAGACAGAUCGCCCAUAUUCAUGUCGUGACUGCGAUAUGCAUUUUAAGCACUUCUCAGAGUUGGAUCGUCACGAUUUGCAGCAUCACGCUACUGUUCGUCCAUAUAGAUGCGGUAAGUGCUCAAAGGCAUUCUCGACAAGAACCGCGCUUAAAAUUCACGGAAAAGUUCACGAGGUAUUUUCGAUGAUUUCAGUAAAGGGGAGAAACUUUCGUUGUCCGGAAUGCAAUCAACGUUUCAAAUUUGAGAAAUCAUUGAAUUUGCAUCUCCUUUCGCACAAGUCAAUGCGCCACAGCUGUGAUAUUUGCAAUAAAUCAUACAUACGAUUAGCACAAUUAAAAACCCAUAUAAACCGUUAUCAUAAAAUAUCGAGCGCUUCUGAAGAAUAAGUUGAAAAGGAAAGGAUUCCAUGUGUUACCGGAAAUCACAGUGUCGAAAAUCCUAUACAUAGAAAAAUUGUAGUUUAAAGCUGGACUAG